AUGAGAGAGAUCGUACAUAUUCAGGCUGGCCAAUGUGGUAACCAGAUUGGCGCCAAAUUCUGGGAAGUCAUCUCAGAUGAGCACGGAAUAGACUCAUCCGGACUGUACCAGGGCGACUCAGAUUUGCAGCUGGAGCGCAUAGAUGUUUUCUACAACGAGGCCACUGGAGGAAGAUACGUCCCCAGAGCAGUGCUGGUGGAUCUUGAGCCAGGAACCAUGGACUCAGUGAGGUCGGGCACGUACGGAGGCCUCUUCAGGCCAGAUAACUUCGUGUUCGGACAGUCGGGCGCAGGAAACAACUGGGCCAAGGGCCACUACACAGAGGGAGCGGAGCUCGUUGACUCAGUCCUCGACGUGGUGCGCAAGGAGGCGGAGAACUGCGACUGCCUGCAGGGAUUUCAAUUCACACACUCGCUCGGAGGAGGCACCGGCUCCGGCAUGGGAACCCUGCUGAUCAGCAAGGUCAGAGAGGAGUACCCAGACAGGAUCAUGGAGACAUUCUCAGUCUUCCCGAGUCCGAAGGUCAGCGACACCGUCGUAGAGCCCUACAACGCAACCCUGUCGGUGCACCAGCUGGUCGAGAACAGCGACGCAGUCCAGGUGAUCGACAACGAGGCGCUGUACGACAUCUGCUUCAGAACCCUGAAACUCACCACGCCCACCUACGGAGACCUGAACCACCUGGUCUCGGCCGCAAUGAGCGGCGUCACGUGCUCCCUGCGUUUCCCAGGACAACUCAACUCGGACUUGAGGAAGCUGGCAGUGAACCUGAUCCCAUUCCCGAGACUCCACUUCUUCAUGAUCGGAUUCGCACCACUCACGAGCAGGGGAAGCCAGCAGUACAGGGCACUCACCGUGGCAGAGCUGACGCAGCAGAUGUUCGACGCGAAGAACAUGAUGUGCGCGAGCGACCCCAGGAGAGGACGCUACCUCACCGCCUGCGCCAUGUUCAGAGGAAGGAUGAGCACCAAGGAGGUCGACGAGCAGAUGAGCAACGUCCAGAACAAGAACAGCAGCUACUUCGUGGAGUGGAUCCCACACAACACGAAGUCGAGCGUGUGCGACAUCCCGCCCAAGGGCCUGAAGAUGUCGGUCACCUUCGUCGGCAACUCCACGGCCAUCCAGGAAAUGUUCAAGAGGGUGUCGGAGCAGUUCACGGCGAUGUUCAGGAGGAAGGCGUUCCUCCACUGGUACACAGGCGAAGGCAUGGACGAGAUGGAGUUCACGGAGGCCGAGUCGAACAUGAACGACUUGGUGUCGGAGUACCAGCAGUACCAGGAGGCGACUUCAAACGACGACGACGAGAUGGACUACGAAUAA